AUGUCUGGCCUUGAGGUCAUCGGUGUAGCCGCCAGUAUCAUCCAAGUUGCGGAUCUAGGCGCCAAAUUAUCCGUUAAAUUAUUCUCCUUCUACCAGCGGGUCAAGAAUGCCAGUGACUCUGUUCAGCUCCUGUCGAACGAGAUCGCGCUUGUCAGCGCCAUUUUACGUGAGCUAGGGGAUAACCUUAAAGAGGAGGAGGCAUCAAAGCUCUGCUCGAAGGAAGCUUUUCGCACGCUUAACGUUGUUCUCGAUCAGUCUCGGGAUGUCGCGGGCAAACUUCGGAUAGCAUAUCAUGAGUCCAGUCUCGAUCAACUAAAGAAGAGCUUGGAGAGGUUAAAGGCUACGAUGCUACUUCUACUUAAUGUGAUCACGUAUGCGGGGCAGAUUCGAAGCAAUAAAGUCCCGAUUCUAGCCCAGGCGCAGCGUGAUUUGAUCCAAAGUCUCUUACAAGGGCAAAAUAUUGACAACGAAAAGCCGCAAGAGUCAGAUGCGACGGGAGAAUCUGAGCGAGAUUUCCCGCCAAAGCCAUCCCAGACGAAUAUCGGUCAUACUAGUACCGAUUAUGUCCCCGGUCAGAAGGGCAUCCCGCAUGAUCAUCGGCCAACACGAAGGAAUCGAAAUCGCCCUCCCAGUGUGAUGGCGAUGCCGCCAUUAAAACCUCCGAACGAAGCAAGUCACGGGACUCAAAAAGCGACAGAAUCCACCGAGCUCAAGGAGUACAAUCUACUUAUAAGAUCCAUGCUUGUCGAGAUUGAAUCCUGCAAGCAGAAGCUCAAGAGUAGCAGAUACUCACGAAUCAAAGAUGGAAUCUUGAAUAUCCAUUCCGGGGAAAUCAUACGCUUCCAAAUCGAACACCGGCAUCCAAUUGACAUCGAUCAAUCACUUUUCGCGCUUGAUAUGCGCAGUGAGCCUUUGUCGCCGACAAUCGUACACGAAAAGCCACCAUACGGCCACGAUCGCUCCAGAAGCUCCGGAGUAUUCGUUCACCCUCAUCGUCGGACAGAAGAUGACUCUCAUCGUUGGAGCCAAAAUGAGGAAUUACCUGUGAUGCCAGUGCAUGAAUCUCCAACAUCACUUUCACCAGGCCGACAUUCCAAUGCUCCGGUAAUUCUGGGUGCGACUUCCCCUGCAGCAAGCCAGAACAGUAGCAGCAGGCGAAGGAAUAGAUCACAUCGAGAAGAUCAGCACGUAUCAUCCAAAAGUGAGUCGGAAGAGAAGACAUGGAGUGAUUCAUCACGACUGGGUCAAUCCCAGCGAAUGUUGGAGAGAAAUGACCAGGCACGAACAUCAGAGUUUCGGAAGCAACAACAAGAGAUUGAGCGUUUGGAUCGUGAGCUAGCGAAAUACCACAAGAGACCAGGAGUAUCUCCCAAUGAACAUAAAUCACAACCAUAUCGUCAUGAAGAGGUAUGGAAUUCAGAUGAGGGCGAAAUACCUAAAGAAAGAAAACCAACAAGGCGUCGUGAGCGCAUGUCUCGCCAGGAAGAGGGAAAGUGGCGCCGAUCAGAGUCUGAGAGGCGACUACAGAGGUACGAGGAGAUGGAAAAAGAAGCGGAGGAAAGGCAACGAUUGAAGAGGCGCUUCGCAAAGGAUCGGGAGGACGAGCGAUAUGGGAAUGGGACCGAUGAUCGACGUUUUCAACCGGAGCGGCAAGAGUACAGAGUCCGAUCUGAAGAGGACCAGAAAGAUGAGGAGCGAAGAAAGGAGGAGCAGCAAAUGGAACGAGGGAAGCAAGACUCAAGGUGGCGAUUGAAGGCUUUCGAUAAAGAUGAAGAGAAGGAGGACGCCGUUCGUCAGGAGAUCAAGACAGAAAUGGAGAGGCGACGUGCUAGGGUCGAGUAUCAGUAUGGUCCAUCUAGCACGUCCGAUAGCUCUAGCGAGCAUCAAGAUUUUUUAAUUAACAUGCCUUCAUCGGAGAGUGCAACGACAGAGCGGGUUGGCGACGGAGUUUCGGAGAAGGAAUUUGCUGCAAACCUUUCGCUUCCAGGGAAUUUGGGGGAUUUGUUAGCACAGUGGACCACCCUUGAUCGGGAGGAGAUACAUCGUGAGCAGUUCUCGAUGUUCUAG